AUGAAAACCGACUUAACCAUAGAGAUGCCAGACGGACGGUUGAAACAAUUUGGUUACAGAGCUACUGUGACAUGCAAAGUUAUCAUUCGCAUAUUGUUUGUACUUAUUAAUAACAUCUAUUGUAUACCAACAUAUUGUGUUUGGAUGAUUAUAUUUUUCCCUUUGCGGAAGAUUCACCCAAACCUAUAUUGGAAACUUGAAGGCUUAUUUUUCCAUUGGCUAUUAGCAAUGGUUUCUAUGUGGUCUUGGUCAGCUGGUUAUGACAUUGUUGAAAUGGGUGAUGAUAUUAGAUUAUGUUUGAAUGAUCGUACACUAGUGUUAGUUAAUCAUCAAUCUACAGCAGAUGUGCCAAUGCUAAUGACAAAUUUUAAUUCCAAGGCCGGUGUGUUGCCCAAUAUUAUGUGGAUCAUGGACAGGAUAUUCAAGUUUACUAAUUUUGGUAUUGUUUCUAUUAUACAUCAAGAUUUUUUUAUCUUAUCGGGUAAAGAUCAGAGAGAACAAGCUGUUAAAGAAUUAAGAACUCACAUUCGUGGAUCAUAUUUGCCUCGUCAGCGAAAAUUAAUUAUUUUAUUCCCAGAAGGUGGAUUUUUAAGAAAAAGACGAGAAGCUAGUCAAAGGUAUGCACAGAAAAACAAUUUACCUUUACUAGAACAUGUUACAUUACCAAGAUUAGGAGCUUUUUCAGCAAUCAUUGAUGAACUUUCACCCAAACAAACAAAAUAUGGUGGUGUGACAAACAAUAAUACUGAAUUCAAUGAAAAUACUGACAAAUUAGCUUGGAUUUUGGAUGUAACAGUAGCAUACUCCGAAGGAAGACCGUUGGAUUUACCCACUAUCAUUAUGGGUCAGAGAAGAGCUUGUCGUACACAUAUGUACUACAGAUUAUUUCCCAGUUCACUUGUUCCCAGAGAACAAGAAGAAAUGACUAAAUGGUUGUUUGAUCGCUGGGAGGAAAAAGAACGUAUCCUAGAGACAUUCUAUUCAACUGGUGAAUUCCCCAGUCAUAAAGGAUCACGUCAAUCAGCUGUUAUCCAACAGGAUUGCGUACGGUUCCUUAUAUUACAUCUAUUUUUUAUUGCUUCGUCAUAUGCCCACUACAGGAUUAUUCAUUAUUUGAUUGGAUUAGUAUGGUAA